UGAAUAAUUUAAAAGGCUUGCAUCGCGGGGUACAUCAAACUAACGCCUCGGUUAUUGUGAAUCACGCGUGCUUAUCGAAGUGAGGGCUUGAUCGUGUUCCGUCAGGGGGAUGAUGUUCGUUGCACGUGGAGCGUGUCCAGAGUUAACUUCAACCUUUCUUUUUCUAUUUUUAUUCGGAGUUAUUUUCAUUGAAACUAGCAGAGUUCGUUCAAAUAAUUUUCGUUCGUUCAGCGUGUGGUUUUCUAUAUUUCAAGUUUUUAAGAAGGUCAAUGCCGCAGGCAAAUUCAAUGUCUAGAGCGCGACGAAAACUGUAUCUUGGUUAUGCAAUAUUUAGCUGAUUAAUACUCGCAACAAUGAGACUUCUUAAAUAUAUUUCAUCUAUUUUCUUUUUCGACUGCUGAGAAUCUUACGAUAAGUGUUUCUAUACGGAUGUUGAUCCAUUGCAUUAUAAAAAUACGUGCAUUUAUGAGUGAAAAUCGUAAGAUCUGUGCUUUCUUGAAAAAUUAUAGAAAAUAAUUUGCCAACUGUGCCAAAGUUUUUAAUAUUCCGAAUCGAUAAUAGAGAGUUAAACGAUUUGUUUACUAGGUGAUACACUGUAGGCUAUCGCUUAACUUUUUAUACUUAUUUUUUGUUAAAUAUAUCGUGCUAAUGAACUUUUUCAUGAAAUAAUCUCGACCUCGACGGUUCCAUACGUUGUACCAAAAUGAAAAAAUAUUAUUCCGAAAGAAAGGAAUAGUCAGAACAACGAAAGAAAUUCACCGAAACCAAUAAAAUCUACUAUGUUAGGAACAUAUUUAUAGCGCAUGUUUCGUCGUCCUAGUUAUUUCUUUCUUUUGACACGAUAUUAUAUAUAAUCAGAAAAUGAAUCGCAUUCUGUGUAUAAAUCAAAACACGGCGCAUCAAAGCAAAGUUUUCAGGUAAGGAGGCUAACGAAGGCCGGAGGAUGGGGCGCAGGCUGCGAGGGCUGCUGUACUGCCUCCUCUGGUAUGGAAGCAUCAUGUCGGGCUUCCUGUUUAUUGCCUGCCCGCUCCUGCCGCUGCUCCUCGUCAGCCCGCCGACCUUCCGAAAGUGCGGCGAUCUUCUGUUCUCCUGCUGGGAGAUGUAUCCAGCUGUAUUGAUGGAGCUGUUCGGAGUAAAAGUCAUAGUGUCCGGUGAUCACAUUCGACCCGAUGACUCAGCAAUCAUGGUGAUGAACCACAGAACACGAGUCGACUGGAACUUUUUGUGGGGCGCGAUGUACCAGGCUUGCAUGCCGCACGCCGCCGCUCACAAACUCAAGUUCAUACUGAAAGACCCGAUAAGGCACAUACCUGGCCCAGGUUGGAUAAUGCAGAUGAACGGAUUCUUAUACAUAACGCGUCGCUGGGAGGAAGACCAAGGUCGAUUGUCGCGCUCGUUGGACUACCUGGUAGCGCUGCGUCGUCGCAGUCAGCUGCUUAUCUUCCCCGAGGGUACGGAUUUGACCCCGAGCAGCAAGCAGCGUAGCGACCGAUACGCCAACAGCCACCACUUGCCCGAGUACCUCUAUACCUUGCAUCCCAAGACCACAGGCUUCACUUAUCUCGUGAGACAUCUUCAGCAGGUCGAUUAUCUGGAUGCCGUGUACGAUUUGACAAUCGGAUAUCCGGAUCUCGUCCCGCAGUCCGAACUGGAUUUGCUGAAUGGCAAAAUGCCCGACCAAGUGCACUUCCACAUACGACGAAUAGUCCACACGGAAGUUCCGAAAGACGAGGAAGGGCUAAGGAAUUGGCUGGAAGAACGCUGGAGGCAGAAAGAGCAAGUGCUCGAGCAAUUUUACAAGGAUAAAUCUUUCCCCGGAGAGGCAUGGACGAGGUCGAGUCGCAUGCCGCUGAGGAUAGCCUUUGUCUUUUGGACUAUGUUAUCUGGUGCGAUGCUGUUGAUGUUAGUAAUAUCGCCGAUCUUCCAACUGUGGGUGUUCUGUCAUGCUCUACUGUUUGUUGGCAUAUCCCUCUUCAGCACGGGCUUCAAUCAGUUGGAGAUGAGCUGGUACUGGAAGUGGAAAUCCCUCAUUCCGAUGAAAAACAAGCUCAGCUAAAUUGCAAGUUUCCCGAAGAAAAACGCAUACGCGUAACUAGGGCUGAUUUUAAGUACAACAAUCGUAUUUGUAAUGUUUAAAAAUAGCGCGUACGCAGCAAUUGUCUGUCACUGUGAUAUAAUAAUACAAUGUAUAGCGUGUAUACCUACGAUACGAUACCUGACUUAAAUGGAUGAACGAACAUCUGAUAAAUUUCUGGUAGCUUGCGAGUUUGAUCGCUGUCGUAAAUAUAGAGAGUGGAUAGAGGAAAAAUAUUUAAAGUGAAAGUUUUUUGCCUCUACAUACUUGUUUAUAUAAUAUGUAUAUACACAUCAAUUGUUUUUCAAAUUAUAUUGUUCAACGUAUAUCGUCUUUUCAAUGUCAUUCAUUUCAAAGAAAAUAUUUGUUAAAGGAACAUUUGAUGUUUCGAAAAUAUAUUUUUAUAUGAUUAAAUAAUGACAAUUGACAAAGAUUAUAAAAUGUAAAUUUCUUUACAAACAGUAACAUUACUGAAGGGAACAAAAUAAGAUUAUGAAGAUAACUCUUUUCCAGUAAACUACAUUUAUGAUUCAGAAAAAAUACCAAGAUUAUUUUUAAGAAACAUGCAUUUGAAUACCGAAUAUUUAUUUAGGGUAAUACCAGUUUCUAAAAAUAACGGAAUUUUUAUUCUGCAUCGUAACAAUUAUAUAUUCUUUAGAGUUUCAAAAAGAAAUUGUGACAUAAAGCAGAAGAUAUUUAAUUAUUCUUUUAAGAGUAAUUUGCAGACACGUUUAAUUAAUUAUAAAAAAACCGGUUUCUAAAAGAUGGAAUGAAUUUAAAAAGAGAAAAAUAUAUCGUUAAUGAGUGCUACUUAUAGAUUGGACAACGUAUAAUAUUCAAAUAAUAUAUAGUACAACGUUGUGUUGUAAAACAUUGGUAAAGUUUCUAAAUUUUGAAUAUAAAGAACUCUGUUUCCAUCGUAGAUGAAUAAUAUUGAAAUUCCGUCUGUUUUUUAUGCUUCUUCUAAAUACGUGAACUUAUACAUAGAUAGGAAACUUAAAUGUUUCAAGUUUGUCUACAAGACGAAUUUCAAUAUUGUUGAUUUCCGCAAUAAACUUCAUGAACCGUUGAGUACAAAUACUUUAUCAAUAAAUCCAAAAUGACUUUAACGUAUUAAUCUCAUUUCAAAGUAAAAAAAGAUAUCAGUAACUUUGAAUAUUUUAUAAAAAAAAAUAUUUACAACUCUAUAAAAUAUAAAAAUUUCUGUUUAUAAUAAUGAAAGUAUAUUGAUCGGAUAAAUUAUUUUCUAUUAAAAGUAUUGGGGGUAGUCCAGUAAAAAUAAAGUAGCUGUAAAAAGUAGUACCAGGUAUGUUUAACUUUUUAGUGUUGUAAAUUUCACACGUGCUCAUUACAACUAAGUUUUCAAGUAGUAAAGCUAUUCCAAUACUAAAUGGAAAAUUGACAAGACACGUAAACUUUUACCAAUCAGAACAUCAUUGCAAAACUUGAAAUGAACUGCUACUUUAAAACUUUCAAAAAUAUCGUCCUAAUGGAUAUAAGUAUGGCACUGUUUUAAGAUAUUAUAUAUUAUGAAAAAAUAAUAUCAUAAGUAUUAUCAAAAAGUUCAAAACUAAAAGAAAUAUUUCUUACAAAACAUAUAAAAAAUCUAUAUUGAAAUAUACAUAGAUGAUUCGUAAAAGCAGAAUAUAAUUAUAUAUUUUUUAAUUCUUAAAUUGAUACAUCGAGCCCUGAUCCCAUAUUAAAAUGUUAAACCUGAAUUUACAGAAUUAUGAAUGAAUUAAAAUAUAAAUAAUCUUUUAUUUUCUUAGUAGCUGUAGGAAUAAAAUCUUGUACUACAAGACGGUGAAUUCUCGUGCCAAAGACGUGAUUUUAGACGAUGAUUGGUAUUCUACUAUGAAAAAUUGAUUGUACGUACUUGUAAGCCUACGAAAAUCAUUUUAUAAAUAAUCGAAAAUGACGGAGAGCAAAACAAUGAGUAGGCUUUUAUAUAAUAAGAAUUGUUGUUGUCUUUUGUCUGUAAAAAUAAAAAUAAACUAAUGUGAAGAAACCAAUUCAAACCAAAAUAAAUUAUUACAUUACUCAAUGAAAAGUUAUUUUAUCUUAUUUAUUUAGAAUAAGUAUAUUAUACAAAAUUGUAUGAUAUUUAUUGUAAAUUAUGUAUAAUGUACAUACAUAUGCAUGCCAGAUUUUGAAUCUUGAAAUAAAAGAUAUUGUUUACGGUAAUUUGUAACGAGAAAGAAAAGAGAUUAGUAAAAUAAAGAUGUGAAUUAUAUCGUAGUAUUAUAAAACAGUAUUAAAAGAUUAGAUAAAUUAUGUAAAUAUUUAUAAUUAAAAAAAUGUUUAAUAUAAAAUUGAAUAUUAUGUGAAAGAAAACAAGAAACGAAGAAAUCAAAACUACCGUAUGCUCUGUGUAAAAAUCUUUCCUUAUAGUGUAUGUACCAAUGUGAAAUGUAAUUUCAAUUUUUUAGUAAAUAUCAAUUGAAAUGUGUACAUGUCGAAAUCAGGAAAUCAAUCAAUUCAUUAUAGACAUGAA